GUAAUUUCUAAAUACAUUAUUCUAAAUUCCUUCCUGUUUAAUAAUUAAGCCCUUGCUUUUUUUUGUUUUGAUUUAACGUUCUUUGUAUAAUAAUAAAUUUAAUAAUUAUAAUUUAUUUAUCUUUAAAAUACAGUUUUAUUUUUUUUGGCUAAUAUAUUAAAUAUUGUUGUAUUCUUUUAAACUAAAAAACAUAUAAUGUUUUACCACAUUGCAUUAGAACAUGAGGUGUUAUUACAUCCAAAAUAUUUUGGUCCUCAAUUAAUGGAUACAGUUAAAACUAAAUUGUACCGUGAAGUUGAAGGAACAUGCACUGGAAAAUAUGGUUUUGUAAUUGCUGUAACUCAUAUUGAUAAUAUUGGUAGUGGACUUAUAUUACCUGGGCAAGGGUUUGUUGUGUAUUCUGUUAAAUACAAAGCUAUUGUUUUUCGUCCAUUCAAAGGUGAAGUUUUAGAAGCUGUAGUCACUCAAUUAAACAAAGUCGGAAUGUUUGCUGAUAUAGGUCCUUUAUCCUGUUUUAUUUCUCAUCAUAGUAUUCCAAAUGAAUUACAAUUUUGUCCAAACACAUCACCACCUUGUUACAAAUCUAAAGAAGAAAACAUAGCCAUUCAGCCAGAAGAUACAAUUCGUUUAAAAAUUGUUGGAACACGUGUUGAUGCAACAGGAAUAUUUGCUAUUGGCACCUUGAUGGACGAUUAUCUUGGUUUAAUCAACUGAUUUGGAAUAACUUCAGCUCAUUUUGUACAUAUUAUUUUAAUAAAUAUACACUUUAUUACUAAAAUAUUUA